GUCCCUCCCCUCUCGGGUCCCGGACCCGCGGGGCCGGGGCGGGGCGUGCGCGUCAGCUGGGGAUAGAAAAGGCGGCCGCCCGGUCCGGCGAGGUGACAGCCCAACUCGGACGCCAGGCCGGGCCGACGCCGCCAUGAGCGCCGCGCUUUUCAGCCUGGACAGCCCCGCGCGCGGCGCAGCCUGGCCCACGGAGCCCGCGGCCUUCUACGAACCGGGAAGAGUGGGCAAACCGGACCGCGGGCCCGAGCCCGGGGAGCUGGGGGAGCCGGGCUCCACGGCCCCUGCCAUGUACGACGACGAGAGCGCCAUCGACUUCAGCGCCUACAUCGACUCCAUGGCCGCCGUGCCCACCCUGGAGCUGUGCCACGACGAGCUCUUCGCCGACCUCUUCAAUAGCAACCACAAAGCGGCCGGCGCGGGCGGCCUGGAGCUGCUGCCCGGGGGCCCCGCGCGACCCCCAGGCGCGGGUGCAGCCGCUCGGGGCCCGCUCAAGCGCGAACCCGACUGGGGCGACAGCGACGCGCCGGGUUCCCUGCUGCCCGCGCAAGUGGCCGUGUGCGCGCAGACCGUGGUGAGCUUGCCGGCCCCGGCGCAGCCCACACCGCCCACAUCGCCCGAACCCCCUCGGGGCAGCCCGGGGCCGAGUCUCGCGUCGGGCCCGGUCCGAGAGAAGGGCGCGGGCAAGAGGGGUCCGGACCGUGGCAGCCCCGAGUACCGGCAGCGGCGCGAGCGCAACAACAUCGCUGUGCGCAAGAGCCGCGACAAGGCCAAGCGCCGCAACCAGGAGAUGCAGCAGAAGCUGGUGGAGCUGUCGGCCGAGAACGAGAAGCUGCAUCAGCGCGUGGAGCAGCUCACGCGGGACCUGGCCGGUCUCCGGCAGUUCUUCAAGCAGCUGCCCAGCCCGCCUUUCCUGCCGCCCACCGGCGCCGACUGCCGGUAACGCGCGGCCCGGGCUCAGAGACUCCAAACGACCGAUACCUCAGCCCCCGACGGCCAGGAGCACACGCCGCCAGAGCCGCUGCAGUUUCGUUGCGAGCGACCGGAAGCUGCAGCUUGGACACUGGACUGCGAGAGAAGCUAUGAGACUUUCCCCCUUAAAUUAUUUUUAUAAUGGUAGUGUUUUCUACGUCUUAUUACCAUCGCAGCUAAGGUACAUUUGUAGAAAGAGAAGACUUUCCGACAGACUUUUGUAGAUAAGAGGAAGAGACUGCGCAUGCUUUUUAUAUUCAUUUUUACAAUAUUUGUAAGAAUAAAGAAGCAUUUAAAUCGCU